AUGCUAAGGGUUUUCGGUAUUUUUGUCAUAGUCACAACAGCUUCCGCUCUCUUCUUCGGAACCGGAGGAGGAGGAGGUGGUUGCUGUUGUGGCUGUGGAACUCCACAACCUCAAUCAUGUGGAUGUCAACAAGCACCAGCGUGUCCGGCUCCCGCACCUUGUCCGGUUUGCGCCCCACCGCCAGCAUGUCCACCCCCACCAACAGCAAUAUGUCCUCAAGUUAGCCCCGUAUACGUUCCAGCUUGCCAGGGCGGUGGAUAUGGUGGUAACGGAGGAGGUUACGCUACUGGCGGCGGUGGAGGCGGAUACGCAGCUCCGAUUGGAGGCGGAGGUGGAUACGCUGCACCAAUUGGAGGCACUGGUGGAGGAGGAUAUGCAGCCCCUGUCGGAGGUACUGGAGGAGGUGGAUAUGCCGGACCAGUUGGAGGCACUGGUGGAGGAGGAUAUGCAGGUCCAGUCGGCGGUACUGGUGGUGGAGGAUAUGCAGGACCAGUUGGAGCUACUGGUGGUGGCGGAUAUGGUACUGGAAACUCUUAUGAUGCUCCCAACAAUGGACCAGAAGGCCCAAGCGGUAACUUUGUUCCACCAUUGAACCAGGCUUUCCGUUCUCAGGAAUCCAGUUGCGAUGGAUCACAAGUUAAAUAUAUUGUUUUACGUGCCAAGAAGAGAGGAAAUACCGAAGAGUUAGAAGAGGAAGAGAUGGAAGAAGUGGAAAGACCAGUGCCACUAGAGGCAACAGCAGCUCCACUCGAAGCUAAAGAUCUUACUGACGAGCUUUCUCAAGCUGAUUUAUUGAACGGCCCAGAAUCAGAUGAUCAAGCUCGUGCACGAGGAACUCCCACAUUUACCGAUGCUAAAUGUAACAGUAAGCCUUUGAGAGAUUUGAUACUCGAGAACAUUGUAAGAGAAGAUGCUUUGGCUACCAAGCGACAAAUUCAUGACGCUUCCUUGAAGAAGUUCCCAGACCACACAGUCGAUAUCAUUUGCUCCGGAACUGGUUUCACUUAUUUGGUGUCCACAACAGAACAUUGUGAAGCUCAAAAAGACAAUGUUAUCUGCUUCGUUUACAAAAGACCUCUUUAA